GAUGUCACUGCCUGCUUCCACAUUCUGAAGAUCAAAGCCACAGAGUGAACACAUUCUGAAACUUCAGCUCCUCAGUCUAAUGAAUCAUUUACAACUGAGCUUCGUGUACAGAGCCCAGAAAAACAAGCGGUGGUUAACACAGUCGUUAAGAGAGAAGAAAAAUGAGCUGCAUCGAGGAAACGGUCCCUUCUGAGAAGUUCUUUGACAAUCUGGGCAUGGACGUCAGCCAAGAACAAGCAGAUAUAUCUGACCAAGAAAUCAAAGUGGACUUGGAUGCAGUCAUUCAACAACUGGAAGGAAUAGAUCUCCAACUGCAAAGGUACGCUAGACAAUAUGAGAAAAAACAACUAGCAGAGCUCCAUGAAAAUAGCCAAACUCAAAAAGAAUUGGAUGCAAUGUCCAACGCUAUGCAAGUGGCGAAAGAAGCCAUUUUGAACGCCAAUGAAGCUUUGGAAAAAGAACGUCAGGAGCUACACAAUAUGACACAUGAUAAAUCCUUUGAUGAGAACUAUGAUAAAGUCAAAGCAGAGCUCUUAGCAGCAAGCCAGCAAAACGAGGCGUUGAGACAAGAAAUUCAGGAGCUCAGGAGAAGACCCCAAAAUGAACCAUCUUUGGAGGAAUUGUGUAAUGUCAUUAAGGAGGAAACAGAGGCCAUGAGGCUACAAAAUUACAGCAUACAAGAGGAAAUCCAGGAGCUCAAAGAAAAGCGUAGAAAUUUAACUGCUCUGGAUGAAACGUAUGACACACUGAAAGCAGAGAAAGAGGCGAUAAGCCAGCAAAAUGACGACCUGAGACAAGAGAUUCGGGAGAUAUCCAAAGAUCUCCGAUAUGAAAAGGCUCUGCGGGAAAUGAAUGAGCAAAUGGAAGUUUCCAAAGUGACCAUCAGCCAGGAGAACGCAGCACUGAAAGAACAACGCCAGAAGCUCUACAAAGAUUAUGAAGAUCAAAAGAUUUUCGGUGUCAUGUGUAGGGAGAAGUUGCACAACAUGGGAUUUAUGUGCAGAGAAAAUGAAGACAUCCAAAUAGACAUUGAGGACCUUACCAGUAGGAUCCAGAACAGAAAAGCCAUGAAAGACAAAUAUAAAGCCCUGAAAGCAGAAGAAAAAGUUGUCUCUGCAAAACAAAAUGAGCUUCUUAAAACACUUGCAACGCUCCACUCAAAGUUUCGAGGUAUGAAAGAAUAUGAAGGCAAGUGUGGUCCGCUGAGAGAGGAGAUAGGAGCCUUAAGACAACGCAACGAUGAACUCCAUCAAGAAAUCCAACAGUGCAGUGAGGAGAUAGAAAACAAAACUGUUACAAAGGCAAUUUAUGACUCACUGAAAGGAGAGAAAAAGAAUCUAACGCACAGAAAUAAAAUCCUGAAAAAAGAAAUUCAGGAGGUGGAGAAAAGGCUUGUAAAGGAACAAGCUUUGGUAGACAGGAAUGAUGUCAUGAAAGAAGAAAACGAAGCCUUGAUCCAACAAAACCACACAUUACAGCUGGAGGUUGAAGAGCUCUACGGCAGACUGCAGAGUGAAAAAAUACUGGAGGUCCUGUACAAAUCGCUGACAACGGAAAAAGAUGCCACGAGUCGAAGAAAUGAUGUACUUCGACGAGAGGUCCAGAAGCUCAAAGAAAAGCUGAACAGUGAAAGAGCUUUAGAAAGUGCACGCAAUGCAAUGAAGGCUGAGAAACAGAAGGUCGACCGAGAGCACGCAGCACUGCAGCAAGAAAUUCAAGACCUGAACAGCUCCUGAAGAGCUAUAUGGAAAGCUGACAUACAUUGUUUUUGCUUUCCAAGGGAAAAAAGGGUAUGGAUUUAACUUCAGCCUCAC